AUGUUUGUUGAUACAAUUGUUUUAAGCAACAUCAAUAGCCGAAUGUCAUCACGCGUACAGAUAUCUAUCUGUAGUUUCUUGCGUUUCAUUCAUUUCUUACCAUAUUUCGCUUUCGUGUUUUGCUUGAUUGUAACCCUUUUCAAAGAUAUGAAAAAAUCUACUAAAACCCAUUGUAAAGUACCGAAUGUCUUUCCGUCGAUGUCAGCAAUUAUUGCCGGUUUUGAACCUCAGCGCUUUGUCUGGCGAUUGAGUUUCGCAUUAACUAGUGUUCCGCGAUAUUUCAUUGCUUAUUUGCAAUUGCAACGUUUACUUAAUCGCUCUCAUAUCGCUUAUCGAGAACUCUAUCGAUGGGUACAACUAAUCAAUAGCUUGAUUCAUACUGUUGAAUUAACAUUUCUGCUUCAAUUAACAUACAUCUCAUCGAAUGAAAACAAACGAAUGCACGAAUACGGAUAUCUCGGUUUUGCUGUGUGCUCAUCGAUUCAUAUGCUCGGAACGAUUCUGAUUGAUUAUUAUUGGCCGCGAAUGAAGAAAAUCUGUUUGAACGAACGCGAGAGAGCUUGUCGACGAAAACGACUGAAAUGGUUCCUGUUUAAUUUUGUUUCACUGACUAUCUCCUUGUAUUUCUUCUAUCGACAUAAUCGCUUUUGUGAACCGUUUAUUUAUUCGGGCUAUUGUCUUUUUGAAUAUUUUGUUAUAUUGACCAAUAUCAGUUAUCAUUCGAUCAUUCGAGACGAAUGGGACCAAACUGAUGGUCAAGUUCUUCUAAUGGGUAAAAGUGGCGGUGGUAAAACGUCGAUGCGUUCGAUCAUAUUUGCCAAUUACAGUGCGAAAGAUACUCGACGUCUCGGUGCCACAAUGGAUGUUGAACAAUCCUACGUUCGAUUUCUUGGUAAUCUAAUAUUGAAUCUGUGGGAUUGCGGUGGACAAGAGGCGUUUAUGGAAUCUUAUUUCGCAACACAGAAAGAUAACAUAUUUAAGAAUGUUGAAGUGCUGAUCUAUGUUUUCGACGUUCAAAGUCAAGAAAUAGAUAAGGAUUUGCAUUAUUAUCAAUCGUGUUUGGAAUCGAUUUUACAACAUUCAUCGAACGCAAAAAUCUUUUGUCUAAUACAUAAAAUGGAUUUGAUUCCUGAAGAGAUACGUACAACGGUCUUCGCUGAACGAGAACAGAUUCUCAAAGAUUUAUCGAAGCCUCUACAAUGUGCCUGUUUUCGGACGUCCAUAUGGGACGAAACGCUGUAUAAAGCCUGGUCACAGAUUGUUUAUCAAUUAGUGCCGAACGUCAAAGGCCUUGAAAAAACGCUGGAGAACUUUGCGGAAAUCAUCGAUGCUGAUGAAAUUCUUUUGUUUGAGAAAGCCACAUUCUUAGUGAUUUCCCAUUGUACACGAAAAGAACAUCACGAUUCGCGACGAUUUGAGAAAAUAAGUGAUAUCAUCAAACAGUUUAAACUAUCAUGCAGUAAACUUGCAGCAGCUUUUCAAUCGAUGGAAGUGCGUAAUUCGACAUUUGCAUGUUUUAUUGAAUUAUGCACACCGAACACAUAUGUGAUGGUGGUAAUUAGCGAUCCAACCAUUUCGUCUGAAGUAACGUUAAUGAAUAUUCGAAAUGCUCGAAAAGUAUUCGAAAAACUUGAAAAAGACGGUGUGCGAAGUUGA